AUGACAUUCGUAGAGACUAACAGCCGUAUUGAUCAAGAACGUCGUGCCAAAUUCUGCGGUACGGCCUCAGUCAGUGUGCGAGCUUUAUGCUUCACCGCGCCCGAGUGGUCGACCCAGACGGUCACAUAUCGCCGGACAGUCGAGCCCUACAAGCGCAAGUUCCGAGAGGAAAGGGGCUCCCGCACAGAUGAGCAUCAGCACCACGUAAAGGCUGUGAUCAAUGCAGAAACCCUGGCCGUUAGCCUUCAAGAAGCCAACAUCACGGUCCAACAGCUUCGAGAACAGAAGGAGCCGUAUGUACAGCUUGAGCUACCACCAGGCACUCAGCUACAAUGUCUGCAACGAUAUGAGAAGGUCCUGGCAGCUACUGAGGCAUCUGGCGGUGCUAAAGACCGAUGGACUGUAGAUCUGUACUUAGAUGACCUGAGCGCAGAACUUAGACGGCUCUUCCUCGAGGAACAUGACUAUCAGGAAGCACCCACCGAUGGAGAGUUCUAUCGCAAGAUCCGGGAGUAUCAGGGCGUUCACGGACAGAAGAAUCCGUACUUCGAGCGGUUAUGGCUAGGGCAACUCUCGGCUUUGUCAAAGAACCGAAGGUCUCUUUUCGACCAGCUUUGUCGAAACAAUGCUUACCUUCAAGCUUUUGACAGCUUGCUGACCGUCCCGGCCCUUUUUAGCGGCUUCCGACUGACGGUAAUACACCAGAUGAUUAGUAUGAGAUGUGAAGAGCCCGCUAUCUCCUACUUAAAAUGCAUGCUGGACAUGUGGAUGAAGAUAUGUGGGAGUGAUGAGUACAGGAUGAGGGAAAUCGACCCAGACACAGUCCGGGCAUUACAAGGAAUGGCUCCAGGAGCCUGCCGCUCGGACCAUGCCUACCUCUGGGAGAAGCUGAAGGGCGGGCAGAUACUUGGAAACUUCACCGAGCAAGCGCGCGCCGAGAUGUGGUCGCAGAUAUGCUCUGUGUCUCAACACACUUCGAUCCUCUCCCUACACACGUUCUUCGAAGAUCUCAAGUUCCUCAAAGGCGCUGCCGACAGCUUAAAGAGACUGCUCCGUCUAGACUAUCGAGACACCAUAAAAGGUCAUCUGGAGAGUAUAUAUCGCGACGAAAGCUCGGGCGAACAGAAUUGCGUGCUACAAUUGUCAGACUGCGAUUACAAACUGCUACAAGGUCCUUCGGCGGCUCGGUUCGAGCUGGCCUAUCGCCAGCUUUGGUUGGCUGCCUUUCGAGUCUACCAAGACCUUCCA